AUCACUUUAAUAUCCCUGUUAAAAUUUAACUAUGAGUGAUAACACAUUAGAUUUGCAAUUGCACAAGCUAAUUAUUUAUAAAAAUUAGAUUAUCUUUAAUAAAUGAGAAUUUUUAAUAAUGAGUAAAAAUCUUAAAACACAUUUGUUACCCCAAGCUAGCAUAUGUAACAUUGAUUUAUUUAUUAUACACAACAUGAGUUUACUCGUAAAAUAUUUCUUUCCUCCCUCAAAAUAUUAUAUUUGUACUGGAUUCCAUCUAAUGGAAUCGAAUUUGUUUGUGCUAACCCAAACUAUGGGUAAGAAGAAGAGAAGGAAGGUUGAGAAGGUUGUAAAGACUCCAGAACAAGUUGAAACUUCUUCCAGCAAUGUUAUUCGUCGACAGGAUAUGGUUGGGACGCCAGAAACUCCAGAAUCUAUUUCUAAAACCAUUAAGGGCCAAUUAACCCUAAUUUCUAAGGGUUAUAUAACUAGAAAACACAUCGCAAGAUUCCGCAAAUACAAGGCUUUACGAGAACUUGGUAAAACUCAUGAUUCUCCAAAUUCGCUUAAGAGUUCUUUUGUAACACCUCUUACCAGACUACAGCAUGAAUCUGAGCUCCCUAAAACCUUGAACCACACUAGGCACGACUUUCCUCACACUUUGCAUUACAAGGUAGAUUGGUACGGAUCCUCUACUCCUCACCCUCAUCCUCCUGACAAUCGAUGUUACGUUUCAUUUAAUUUUAAGGAUUUGAAUCUAACUUACAAACAACUUGAAGGCUUGAAGGAAAUUUUAGGGCCGAAAAGAUAUGAUUUAAAGAGCGGAAUCUGUGUUUUGGAGUCUGAUUUGUUUGAUAACUUGAACCAAAAUGCAUCAUACCUAGGUGACAUUACUGAGAAAUUGAUGAAAGUUGUUAAAAAUUUACACUAAUUUACAUUGCCCAGUC